AUGAAUUCCCAGCAGCAGAAGAAGCCCUGUGUCCUACCCCCUCAGCUUCAACAGCAGCAGGUGAAACAGCCUUGCCAGCCCCCACCUCAGGAACCAUGUGUCCCCAAAACUAAGGAGCCCUGCCACCCCAAGGUGCCUGAGCCCUGCCACCCCACGGUGCCCGAGCCCUGCCACCCCACGGUGCCUGAGCCCUGCCACCCCGUGGUGCCUGAGCCCUGCCCCUCAAAGGUCACUCCAGCACCAGCCCAGCAGAAGACCAAGCAGAAGUAA